GUUUGUCUUUUCAUAUUUGUGGACUGAAACCUUUGAAGAUGUUUGACAGAUUUUGGUUCUGUUUGUGUUUGUGGCAUCUGGUUGGUGUGUUUGCUGAUUCAGAUGCAGUGAAGUCAGUGUCUGUGAAGGAGGGAGAUUCAGUCUCUCUACAGACUAACACUGAACUACAGACACAUGAUGAGAUAAUGUGGACAUUUGGGCAUCCAGAGACUCUUAUAGCUGAAAUCAUUAAACGUUUUGAAAGAUUCUCCACAUAUGAUGUUCUUGAUGGGAGAUUCAGAGACAGACUGAAGCUGGAUCAUCAGACUGGAUCUCUGACCAUCACAAACACCACAACCACAGACUCUGGACUUUAUGGAGUGGAGAUCAUCAGGAACAGGACACUGAUAUCAUACAGAUUCAAUCUUACUUUCUCUGGUGUGUUUGCUGAUUCAGAUGCAGUGAAGUCAGUGUCUGUGAAGGAGGGAGAUUCAGUCUCUGUAGAAACUAACACUAAACUACAGACAGAUGAUGUGAUAAUGUGGACAUUUGAGCAUCCAGAGACUCUUAUAGCUGACAUCGAUACAAAGCAUAUAACUUUCUCCACAUAUGAUGUUCUUGAUGGGAGAUUCAGAGACAGACUGAAGCUGGAUCAUCAGACUGGAUCUCUGACCAUCACAAACACCAGAACCACAGACUCUGGACUUUAUGGAGUAACCAUCAGGAGCAGGACAGAUAUCACAUACAGAUUCAAUCUUAUUGUCUCUGACUCUGUUAGCUGUUGUGAUUCUGCUGAAGCUGUGAUCCGAUUGGUCGUCACUGCUCUGGUGGGCGUGGCUGCUGCCGCUGCUGUGGUGGUUCUGGUUUAUGACAUCAGAUCCAGAAGAGCAGAACUGGAUGUUUGAUUACUGGUUGUUAAAUAUUUCUGUAUUCAUCUUCCCUUAAAUAUUGAAAUCUGAACCUUUAGUUAGUUUGAAUCCUAAUUUGAAUCUUAGUUUGAAUUUCAAUAUUAAAGGGAUAGUUCACACAAAAAAUCAAAAUUCUGUCAUUAAUUAUUCACCCUCAUGUCAUACAGCCAAGUAUGGUGACCCAUACUC